AUGGGUCGAUUAAAGGAAGAAAAUAGUGAACAUUCGGUGCCUAACAAGAGGCCAAAAACGACAAUAACAAAAAAUCUCGCAAAAAUCAGAGAACUUUUGGGGUUUAUUAAGCAAGAGCCAGUAGAUGACCAAGAAAAUCGAAUGGAAUGUUCUGAAAAAUCUUUAAAUGUUCAGUCAAAAGUCAUCAAGGAACAACAGGCUAAACAAGAUCUUGAGAUUGUCCUUGAACCACAAUGGAAAGAUUUUACCGAAACACAAAACAUUCGUGAAUGUCGAGUUGUUUUAAAAGACAUAGAUAUGGAUAUGGACCAAUUUAAACAUUUAGAAAUUGAAAAAUUUUCAAAUUACAGCAACAGCAACAAAGAUCAUGUCAAUAAAUCCAUCAAGUUGCGUCCAAAAAUCCAUAAAAAUUUAACUUCAUAUUUAUGUGGACUUUGUGGAUGUAAAUUCAAAAACAUCGGUCGACUAGAUGUUCAUAUGAGACUUAAACAUAAUUUUGGAAGGAAUCAUGAAUUUAUUUGUGAUUUUGAUGGACGGAUUUUCACAAACAAGUCAUGCUUUAAUGCUCACAUGGGAAGUCAUCGAUCGAAUGUUGUUUGUGAAAUUUGUAAGCUUGAAAUGAAGUUUCUGUCAUUAAAGGAUCACAUGAUUGCAGUCCACUCAGACAAGAGGAAGUACAAGUGUCAUCUUUGUCCAAAAAACUUCAAAUUGCCGAGUGUGCUUAAGAAUCAUUUGAGGAGUCAUGACAAGCAGUUUGAAUGUAAAAUUUGUGGCAAGAAAGUUAGAAAUGGUCAAGAUUUGAAAUUUCAUAUUAAGCAGUUCCAUGAGAAUCCGAGAAGCUUUAAAUGUGAAAUUUGUGAAAAAGGAUUUUUUGACAAAGGAAAUUUAAAAAAGCAUUUAAAGACGCAUGACAAGAACAGAGACAAAGCUUACAAAUGUGAUCGAUGCAGCUACUCAAGUGACAACAAGGCACACUACAAACUACAUCAAGAUUAUCAUACACGAUGGGAUGCAAAAGUUGGAAAAGAUGCUAUAAAAUGCCCAAAAUGUUCGGUCAUGUUUAAGGAUAAAAAGCAUUUGAGUGCCCAUAUUGCUGUUGUCCAUCCAAAAGUUUUAUUUCAAUCUAUCAAAUCAAGUCAAACUCAAUCAAAAUCAUCAAAAACAAUGUCAAGGAAAAUAUCUGAAUUCUUCAGACCUCCGCAAAGUGUGUCAUAUCCAACUAGAAUCACAAAUAAUCUUCAAAUCAAAAUUGAACCUGAAGUUUAUUUUGAAAUUGACUUGGACGAUGUUGAAGGAAUAAAAUCCAAACUUCCAGCAUCAAUUAGCAACAAAUCUCAACAAUUUGACUCAAAAGUAAUAAAAACUGAAGCACACGAAGAACAAAUUCAACUGAAAUCUGCAAAAUAUUUAAACAUCCAAGAAGAUAAAGCCAACAAAAUUCCAGUUAACAUCAAAUCUAAGCAAAAACAAAACGUUCGAUUCAAUUUCCCGCCAAAAUCUCAUCAGAAUAAGUCAUUUCAAUGUGGAUUUUGUAAUUGUACAUUUAAACUCAGCGGCAGACUUGAAUUUCACUUAAAAAAAUUCCAUAAUUUUUUACAAGCUAGCUCGUUUGUGUGCGAUUUUGAUGGGAAAAUCUUUGAUAAAAAAUACGGCAUUAUCGCUCACAUGAGAAGUCAUAAAUCGAAUGUGAUUUGUCAAAUUUGUAACAUCGAAUUGAAGUUUUUGUCUUUAAAAGGUCACAUAAAAUCAGUUCAUACAGACGAGAGGAAGUACAAAUGUUAUAUUUGCUCAAAAAGCUUUAAACUAUCCGAUGUUCUUCUAAAUCAUCUAAAUAGUCACAACAAGAAGUUUGAAUGUAAAAUUUGUGGUAAGAAAGUUAGAAAUGGUCAAGAUUUGAAAUUUCAUAUUAAGCAAGUCCACGAGAAUCCGAGAAGCUUUAAAUGUGAAAUUUGUGAAAAAGGAUUUUUUGACAAAGGAAAUUUAAAAAAGCAUUUAAAGACGCAUGACAAGAACAGGGACAAAGCGUACAAAUGUGAUCGAUGCAGCUAUUCGAGUGACAACAAGGCACACUACAAGCUCCACCAAGCAUCUCAUGCACGAUGGGAUGCAAAAGUUGGAAAAGAUGCUAUAAAAUGCCCAAAAUGUUCGGUCAUGUUUAAGGAUAAAAAGCAUUUGAGUGCCCAUAUUGCUGUUGUCCAUCCAAAAGUUUUAUUUCAAUGUGACUUGUGUGCGAUGUAUUCCAAAACAAAAGCUAACUUCGAGAAGCACAUGAGAGUGGUCCAUUUAAGAAAUAAGAAGGAUAUUGAAUAA